AGAGGAGAGAGGAGAGAGAGGGGAGAGAGCAACUAACCUACCCACAGUAUCCUCACCACUUGCUCUCUGGAAAACGCUCUCAGAUGGGCUUCUCGUUCUCUCGGCGCUCCGUUUUCACGUUGCAAAAGAAAGAAAAAAAAGAAAAUGACAUCCACGCUGCCGUCGUUCAGACACCCGGUGCGUCCUCAGAGUGCGCUCUAAGGCUGCUUUAAUAUCAGAAGAAGAGGAGGAGGAGGCGGAGGAGGAGGAGGAGGAGGAGGGGGUGCGGAAGCGCACGGGAAGAAACUUGGACCGAAGGGAUGCGCCAGCGAGUGCAUAUCUUGGCAGGGAUCAGUUAUUGAGGAUUGGAGAAGAAGAAGAAAACAUGGCACACUGUAGGCUAUCCCCGUGGACUGAGACUCCUCGCUCCGCAGCUCUGUCAUAAUAAAUAAUAAUCCAACAGCUUUCCUAACUUCUGAUAUCUUCACGGACAGAUAUAUAUAUAUACGCCGUCAUCUCCUCCAGCAGAGUGCCGGGACGACGGUGUGCGUGUCUCUGGACGCUAUCCCCGAAUCUUGAUGCGCAAAGUUGCGAAUGCUGUGACCGGAUUCCGCGGCUGCUGAAGUUAUUUUUAUUUUAUAAUUUUUUUUUCAUGAGAGCUCCCGUGACGGAGGUUUGAGGGUGAGACACCUGCCUCUGGGAUCACCGGUUGGACAUUCUAUCAGCUGCAGGACGGGACUGGCUUUGGACGCGUCGAAGCGCUCGAUUUUGAGAAAAAAGUCUCCGGCUCAGGCAGAUCUUCUGAUGACCUAAUGGAACUGAAUUUACGAGUAGUGCUGUUUUGGGUCCUGGUGCUGCACUGUGGUUCUGCUGAAGGCAGCAUCCUGUACCGGGUCCAGGAGGAGCAGCCUCCCAACACUCUCAUUGGUAGCCUGGCAGCAGACCAGGGCCUGCCAGACUCGGGUCAUCUCUACAAGCUGGAGGUGGGUGCUCCUUACCUUCGUGUCGAUGGGAAAACGGGAGACAUUUUCACCACAGAGAUUCCCAUAGACAGAGAGACCCUGAGAGACUGCCGAACCCUAGCUAAGGGUAAGCCCUGUUUCCUGGAAUUUGAAGUGUCAGUGACAGAUCUGAUACAAAACCAGAGCCCACGACUCAUUGAAGGACGCAUUGAGGUACAGGACAUCAAUGACAACACUCCACAGUUUCCCUCUUCUGUUCUCACCAUCUCUGUCCCCGAGAACACCAUCAUGGGGGCACUAUUCUCCAUACCUCUAGCUACAGACAGGGACUCAGACAGGAAUGGGGUGGCGGAUUAUGCUCUGACUGCAGGUCCAGACGCCGCGACCCUAUUUGGUUUACAGGUGGCUGACGACAGGGGGGGUAAGCUCCCACAGCUUAUUGUCCUGGGCAACCUAGAUCGCGAGUUAAAGGAUUCCUAUGACCUCACCAUCAAGGCUGUGGACGGAGGCAACCCUCAGCGCUACAGUAGCGCUUUGCUGAGGGUGGUUGUCACUGAUGCCAACGACAACGCUCCCAAGUUUGAAAAGUCCACGUAUGAAGCGGAGGUGUCGGAAAACAGUCCAGUGGGGCACUCUGUGUUGCAGGUCAAAGCAAAUGACUCCGACAUGGGCCCUAAUGGAGAAAUUGAGUACACCCUUCACCAAGCAGUGGAACCAGUGCCGAAACUCUUAAGAAUCGAUCGGUCCACAGGCAUUAUCUAUGUGAAAGGACCACUGGACAGGGAGGAAAUCAGCAGCUUGUCUUUCUACGUGGUGGCAAGGGAUAAGGGUCCUCAACCUAAAAGCUCUAAGACGUUUGUAACCAUUGAGGUGACUGAUCAAAAUGACAAUGCUCCAGCUGUCGAGAUCCGGGGGAUAGGCCUUGUGACACACAGUGAAGGAAAGGCUAACAUUUCAGAGGACAUGCCUGUGGGAACAGCCGUUGCUUUGGUCCAAGUCUCUGACAAGGAUGAGGGAGAGAAUGCCGUCGUCACUUGUGUGGUCGCAGGGGAUGUGCCCUUCCAACUCCGCCCUGCCAGCGACUCAUCCAGUGACAACAAGAGGAAGUAUUUCCUACAGACCACCACUCCCCUUGACUUUGAAAGGGUUAGGGAUUACAGGGUAGAGAUCGUGGCUGUCGAUUCAGGAAAUCCAGCGCUCUCUAGUACAAACUCUUUGAAGGUGCAGGUGACUGAUGUGAAUGAUAACUCCCCAAUAUUCUCCCCAACCGUGUUUGAAGUAGAUUUUGCCGAAGAAAACCAACCAGGAGAGAAGGUUUUGGAUGUUAUGGCUUCGGAUGCUGACAGUGGCACUAAUGCGGAGCUCCUCUACAAUAUUGUGGCUGACUCAUCCAUCAAAGGUCUGUUUGAGAUUGACCCAAAUACAGGUGAAGUCAGAGCCCGAAGUCCACUUGACCGUGAGCAUAAAGAGCGCUAUGAGUUUCGGGUCACCGCAGCAGAUAAAGGGUCACCUGUUCAUAAAGGAACAGCAACAGUAGUGAUAAAAGUGCUUGACCGCAAUGACAAUGACCCCAAGUUCAUGCUUAGUGGGUACAGCUUUUCAGUUUUAGAAAAUAUGCCCCCUCUAAGUCCCGUUGGCAUGGUGACGGUCCUGGAUGUGGACAAAGGUGAGAAUGCCCACGUUCACCUCUCUGUAGAGCCAGACGGAGGAAAGUUUGUUGUUCAAAAUGGAACAGGCACCAUUCUUUCAAGCAUCUCGUUUGACAGGGAGAAAGAGAGCAGCUAUACCUUCCGGCUAAAAGCAGUGGAUGGAGGAGAGCCGCCCAGGUCGUCAUAUGUGGGUGUUACCAUCAAUGUACUGGAUGAAAAUGACAAUGACCCCGUUAUCACCAAGCCCUCCAAUUCCUCCUUCAAGCGCCUGUCACCUCUAGCUUCUCCAGAUAGCCAUGUUGAGGUAGUAGAAGCUGAAGACCUGGAUAGUGGGCCGAAUGCAGAGCUGGUCUUCAGUAUUGCUGGUGGAAACCCUUACCAGUUAUUUCGCAUCUCCCCCUCCAGUGGGGAGAUCACUCUAGCAAAAGAGAUGACCCGGAAACAUGGUGGACUACAUCGCCUAGUGGUGCGAGUGAGUGACAGGGGGAAGCCUGCACGUCAUGCCACUGCCCUGGUCCACAUCUAUGUCAAUGAAACCAUUUCAAAUGUCAGCUUAGUGGAGGCUCUAGUUGGACACAGUCUUUACACUCCACUGGACAGGGACAUUGCUGGUGAUCCUGACAGUGGUUUUGCAGCACAGCGUAGUAAUAUUUUGUUUGGAAGCCUUGCUGGUGUGGCAGGUGUUGUAAUGUUGAUCCUAGUGGUGGUGUUUAUUCGACACCGCAUCCAAAGAGAAACUAAGAGUGGGUAUCAGGCUGGCAAGAAGGAAACAAAGGACUUGUACGCACCAAAACAGGCACCAAAGAAUGCCAAAGGCAAACGAGGAAGAAAAGGCAAACCCCAGAAGUCCCCAAAACCGCUCGGGGAAGAGGAGGAGGUCAGCCUUCAAAAGAGUCUCAAGUUCAACCUUGAUGGAGUCAAUGAUAGCCCCAGGAUACAUCUGCCCUUAACAUAUUCUCCAGGAAGCCCUGAUAUCGGCAGGCACUACCGCUCCAACUCCCCCUUACCCUCCAUCCAGCUGCAGGCCCAAUCUCCCUCAGCCUCACAGAAGCAUCAGGCCGUCCAGGACCUCCCUGCUGCCAACACCUUUGUAGGAACAGGAGGAGACGACAACUCCACCGGCUCAGACCAGUACUCAGAUUACAGCUACAAGACCAGCCAACCGAAGUACAACAACAAACAGCACCCCCAUCGGCGAGUGACCUUCUCCACGGCCAACCCUGUGCAGGACCUGCAGGAUGCCUCCCAGCACAGCUACUAUGACAGCGGUUUGGAGGAAUCAGAGACUCCCAGCAGCAAAUCAUCGUCUGGUCCUCGCAUCGGACCCCUGACCCUGCCCGAGGACCACUACGAGAGGACCACUCCAGAUGGCAGCAUCGGAGAGACCGAGCACCCUGAAAAUGACAUCCGCUCCCUCCCUGACGUGGCGAUGACCGGAAACUGCACAACCGAGUGCAGCGAAUUGGGCCACUCAGACGCCUGCUGGAUGCCCGGGCAUCCCUCCCCCGUGCGCAAGGCCAGGAACCCCCCGAAACUCUCCACCUUCGUGCCUUACCAGGAGAGAGGGAGCCUGGGACGCCUGGCGAACGGGAGCGCCAGGCUGGGUGGCGAGGAGCACCGGCCGCGCCUUCCGCCCUCCCGCAGUGCCUAUUCCAACAGCGGUCACGACGCCAGUCAGGACUGCCCCUUAGAGGAGAUGCCCCUGAGCGUAGCCUCUGAUUUCCCACCCACCUCCCCCUCCACCCACACUCCAAAAAGAGAGAUUUACCUGUGAGGAAGUAUCAUCGUCCCAUACGGUGCACAAAUGAAGGAAAAAAAGGUACACCCACUUCAAGAAGGAGAAACAGGCUGUCCACAUGCUAAAGCCAAUGCCCAUUUUGUAGUCAACAGUAGGCUGUGACUCAUCCAAUCACUGGCAUGAACACUUGUUUUCUGUCAUCUCCUCCUUAAAUUAUUAAUUUAUUAGCAUAUUUAUUAAGAACUCCACAAAGUCAAUCAACGCACUCACUCAUUUAUUUAUACAAAAAUCUUGAAGGAUACAAUUCAAAGUGAUCCAAAAAGGAAAUACAGACGGUAAUUGCUACUUCAGUAGUAACCGAUUCUCUUUGUAAUUAGCCAAGUCCCAUUCUGUGAAGUGAUCUCUUGAAUAUGAAAGUUGUGAUCAGUGCUCUUGUGCCAUUACUCGAUAUAAUUUAAUAGACAGCCGGGCCAGGCCCUAUCAGAAGGCGUAACACUUUUGACUAGCAAUCAAGUGAAAAACGGUCUAUCUUAAUGUACAGUGCUGUAAAUACAUUUUGAAUGGUGUGUUCUACAUAUAUUUUUGUCUGGCAUAAGCUGAAAAAAAAGGAAUUGCCUCAGAAUUUUUAGCAUAUUUAAGCUUUUCUUUGCUGCUGCUGUUUAGACUUGAUUGAAACCAUCUCCAGAAGUGGAGCUCGAUAUAUAUCGUGGUAGGCAUUUAUCCGCUCCACACAGUCUCACACACGCACACACACAAGCGAACUGAGACACUCACACACACACACACACCUUUGACCCCUAAUCAUGGUAGAAUGGCCUUUACCUCUGCUCCCUGUAGAGCUCUGCCACUGGUGGAGGAAAGGCUGUGCGGCAACAUUUAAACUGACAUUAUGUUCCACUGACUCUCAGCACUGUGACCUAUCGUUCAUCAUGAAAACGGUUGACUUGGCCACAGUACCCCGGAGUCACGAUGACCAAACGCGGAGCGCUCGCACGACCUAUUCUGAUUGGCUUUUUUUUUGUCGUAUCAACGUCUGGUGACUCACCAUGUUGAUGAACUCAGACCAGUGUUUCCAUUUGAAAAGCUCUUUUCUCUACCGUGACAAUCAGACGGGGUUCGAAGUGUAACUCACAAUCCUCUCCCCCUAUAGCUCGUAGCCCUUUCUCCCCCUCGUGAUCCUUGUCGAUCUGAUGAGAGGAGUUAUUUACAUAUAAGCGGCGCUAGAGUGUGGAGAGCCACUGCAGAGUACUCAUGGAAGUAAUGUCACACCGAUGUAAACUAUGGGAGCUUCAUGUCGAGAGCGCUUGCUUUGUUUUUACGAGUCCUCACUAGAUACUGCAGAGGUGAAUUCAAUACACAGAGCACCAAAAGCAAAGAACUGACAGAUUGUGUGGAUCCUCAAGUCAAAUAAAUAUGUAGGUUAGACGGAAGAGGAAGGGGGUUAUUUCAAAAUAAAUGUUUGAUUUUGUGUCAGUAAUCAAUAUCUAAUACAGGACACUGUGGAGACAUUAGAUCAGAUCAGAUUCACUGCAGCUCCUGUUAAUUAUGAUUUUCCUUGUAUUGAGGACAACAUGCUUAAUAAAUUAUUAGGCAUUUUCCCUCCUCUGGCUAUUGAACAGAGAAUAAAAAAUAGGGCAUGCCCGUGGGCUUCAUUUAUCUUUACAAAGAUUUUCCAAGUGAGGCUGAAGGAUACGUCUGAAGGACACUAUGUAUUAGCCAGUAAUUGGAUGUUAAUGAUGACAACACUGGGCUGCCUUACAACAUCGUAGAGCCGAGCUGCUGUCUUUGAUUUAAACAUUGAUUUGAUUAGAUUUGUAGAUACCUUUCACCUCUGCAGAGUAUUUCCAUAGCGAGAUUGUGUCUGUGAGUAAGGGUGGAGGAGCCCAGAAUGGACGUUUCCUAAUUAGGGUGAGUAAUGAGUCCUGAGCCGGGGCAUGUGCGAGCACACCCCCAGGACAAGGCACCCACCAGAUAAUGCAAAAUCCACCCGCAGAGCUACAAUCAGUUAAAAGGGGUAUUUUUAUCAGCGCUUGCCUCAUCGCGCUGCCACUGAAAACAGCGUUUAGAAUAAUUAAACUGGAAACAUAUGGAAAUUACUGGACAUGGCCGUGAUUAAAUAAGGUGGGCGAUUAUCCUGCCUUGAGGGGGGGAGAAAGCACAUUAUGCCGUUUUCAAAGCCAUUUAGCGACUGAAAUAAAAUUCAAACAACAGCCAUGAUACACUGUGAUUAAACCCCCCACCCCACCCACCCACAGCUCCCUCAAGCAAACCCCUCUCAGAGCUGUGGAUAGCCGCUUCACGAACUCAAAGCAGCGGGUAAGAUCACUGACCUGGAAUUAAGGACAAGUGAGAAAGAUAGCGGCGAGCGAUAAAAACCAGUGUCACAUAGCCUCAAUCACAACUUUAUCUAUUUAAAAAGAAAAAAAAAAUGCUUUGACUCGAUUCAGAUUCACUCUGCAUUCCGAUUUAUCUCCGAGGUUAAAACAUCAACUUUAGUGGAAUCUGGAGUGUAUUCUUCAGAUUCGUCUCCGAUCAACGGGGCUCGACACAAACGGAAUGACAGGAGUUUAAAUCGUCUGCGAAACACAGACAAAGCCUGGGCCUAUUUUCCCUCUCUGUUAAUGAGUCGGACUCCAGCCGAUAAUGACCUCCUGCUACUCAAUCCUGGAACAAUAUAUCACCGGGUCUGACCUUUCUUUUGAACUCAUGCUGAAUGAACUGUGUUUACUUCUCUCUCUCUCUCUGUCAGACACAGAACAGUCCUCUUUGAUCAAAAAAAUCAAGAGGACUUCAUGACGCACCUAAAUACACUCAAAAAGUAUGUUGAAUACUGUUUAAUUUGUACUUAACAUUGAUUUAAUGUUGAAUUCACUUGAGUAUCUUUUGCCUCUCUGUAGUGUGUAUCGUACGGUGAUCAUUUCUGUGGACAAGAUGGACAAAUUUACUGUACUGAAAUUGGCCAGGGAUAUUUUAUUUUAUUUUAUUUUAUUUUCCUUUUUCUUAUCGAUCAAAGACUCUUAGCGAACUGGUUGUGUGAAAAAAAUAAAAUAAUAAUAAAGAAAAUCUGUCGGUGGUGUAAUGUACAUAGAUCUCCACAACCCCAAGUCUGCUGUCAAGCAGGCGAUGAUUUUAGCAUGAAUUCCAAAGAUAAUUGGUAGAAACUGUUUACUCUUUCUUUUUCCGUUCUUUUCUUUUUUACUUUACUGAAGUGUCAGUUCCGGUUCAUACUCAAAAAGGCCCCUUCUCCCAAAACGAACUGAAAUUAACUGAACAUUUCAUCUUUUUUCACAGUUCAUCUAGAAACAAAGACAAUUGCCUUGAAAAUAUGUCUUUGCAAGAGAGAAUCUAGUUGUUAUCCUAAUUGUUGGUAUAUUUAUAUAGGAUAAAAUGCUUGUGAUGCCAUGUUUUUGUACAGUUUUAUGUACAUACAAGUGAAGCUUUCUAAAAGUUCUGAGAAAAGCCGAUGGCAUAUAAAAAUUGUAACAUGUUUUUCUUGAGAUGUGCACAUCUUGCCUUGGUUGGAUUGACCUUUGCUGAGUCAGUGUGAAUGUGGCCGUUCUAUGCCUGCACUGUAGUCAUUCACCGGCUCCCACCUCCUGAGGACUUAAUCAGUUUUUAUGUUUAUCGUGAACAGUGGAUUGUCUUAUCUUACUAGUUUGUUAAACUCCUGUGUUCGGCUUUGUUCUGUUUUUCGCAUGUUGACAAAUUCUCUUGUAAUACUGUAAGUCCUCAUGAACUUUGUAAUAAAAUCACUUCAGGGAAAAAAUGAA